CUAGGGGCGCUGUGUUGGUUAUCGGGCUCUCCCGCCCGUGUUUUCAAAGUGAGGCAGCCGUAAUGCAUCAUGGGAUCCAAAAUGUCUCCAUAGAUUGCUAGCUAGUGCUUACUUAUCGGACAAAACAGCGAAUAAAUAAACAAUUUAGACAUUUUUUUCAGUGGUCUUGGUGUCAGUAAAUAUAUAGUUUACUAACUGUAUUUUGUUUUCAAAAUGUCAACAAAAGCGGAAUGCAGAGUGUCCAGUUCCACAUCCAGAGCAGACGAAAGGAGGAGAUCAACGAGCAGAGGACGAGAAAAAAGGAUACGAAAAAGAAGCCGUAGUAGAUCUUCCUCAUCGUCCAGCUCUUCAUCUUCAUCCUCAUCGUCCUCCUCUUCCUCAUCUUCAAGUUCAUCACACUCGUCCAGCAGCAGUCGAAGUAGCUCUAGUAGUAGUGACUCUCGCAGUAAAUCCAGAAAACAGUCCAAGAGAAGGAAAAAGGAGAAACACAAAAAAAAAGGGAAAAAAGAGAAGAAACACAAGCGUAAAAAAGAGAAGAAAGGAAAAGGAGAAGAGGAUAACUCAGGGCCUGUUCAGAUCUCCAAGUACUUGAAGGACAGGAAAAAAGGCAAGUACAGCAUGAUAUCAGGGAAGAAGAUAAAGAUGAAAGUAAAGAAGUCUAAAAAAGACAAGCAGCGGGAUAAAAAUCGAGCAGAACUUCUGGAGUUCUUGAACUCUACCCUGUGAUGCCGCCGUGGAUGCCAGUCCAGUUAUUUGGGCACCAAUAUGUCAGCAGAACUCAGGAAAUGACUCUUCAUUUUCCAGAAGAAGACAGUUGAAGAGUUUUCUACAAGCCAGCUGAGGAUUUGGCUUCGCCACAGAGGGGCAGCAGCGAGUUGGAUGGCGUGAAGCAGAUGUUAUCUCUGCCAGGAAAUUAAGAUGCUACAUUUUCACCUUGUUGCUGUGCAGGCGAUUCAUUCUUCAGUUUAAUCUGACAGCUUUUGUUAUGUAAGAAGUUAAUUUGUGAUCCACGGAAAUGAGAAUCUGUGACCUCUGAACUUUUAACUCUGCUUGAAAUAACACAUCAUCUCUUUAGAAAAGACUCACGACACAGUUAAAAAAUAUUGGAAUUGUUCAAAAUGAAUGCAGCAGAGUCAGAGAUGCUGUUUAUACAUUUGUCUUCCUGUUUGUACAUCAUUUCCCACAAUGCAAAUCAAUUAGUCUGAGUUUUAUUUGUGCCGUGAUUAUUGAGGUAACUGUUGAUUCAAGCCUCAAGUAAAAGGGCAGAGUGGAUUACUUUCACUAUUUUUACUUCUGUGAGAAAAGAAAGGAGUGCUGCUUAGGACCUCAGCAAACCUCUUUAAUGUUUUAGAUACUUAAAAAAAAAUAUAUUGGCUGUGUCACUUAGUCAUGUGAACGCUACAACACUUAAGACUGGCCACACACUUGUUUAAGAAAACUUACCAUUAGGUUUUCACAUUAACUUCUAGUUGUGGGACCCACAAUGUUCUCAGUGUGUGCUUAAUCCAUAGUUUCAACAUGUACAUUUUGUUUCAUAUGAGACUGUAGCUUUUAUUACUGUAUGUCUUGCUCUCCGUAUUAUUUUUCAGGCGUUUUGUCCUUCAGUGUCAUUCUGCUGCCUUGAAAUGUAAAAUACAAUCACUGUUUUUUCUUCUUGUAUCAAAGCUGUUGAAAGCUUAAUGUGGAUGGUGGUGCAGAGCUGUGGUGUACUGUUCAGUUGUGCAGUUUGACAAAAUGGACAAAAACAAUGGCAAUUAAAGAAAGAUUUUACUUCUAAA